AUGGCGAUGCCCCAGGUGAUGAAGGAUGAAACGGGGAGGCCUUUCAUCAUCGUUAGAGAUCAGGGCAGAAAGAAGCGGCAACACGGCAACGAGGCGGUUAAAUCACAUAUCCUCGCCGCGAGGACAGUUGCGAACAUCGUCAAGACAUCCCUAGGCCCCCGCGGACUGGACAAGAUCCUGAUAUCGCCAGACGGAGACAUUACGGUAACGAACGAUGGCGCAACUAUCCUCUCUCAGAUGGAAAUUUCCAACCACGUCGCGAAGCUGCUAGUGGAACUCUCCAAAUCCCAGGAUGACGAGAUAGGGGAUGGCACAACCGGCGUGGUAGUAUUAGCCGGCGCACUGCUCGAGCAAGCAGCGGACUUGAUAGACAAGGGCAUACAUCCUAUCCGCAUAGCAGACGGUUACGAUCAAGCGUGCGAGGUUGCCGUGGCGGAAUUGGACAACAUCAGCGACGUAAUAUCAUUCUCGAAAGAGGAGACGGGCAAUCUCUUCAAGGUCGCAAAGACGAGCUUAGGGAGCAAAAUCGUAUCCAAAGCCCACGACCAGUUCGCGCAGAUCGCGGUGGACGCAGUGCUCUCCGUGGCAGAUCUGGAACGAAAAGACGUGGACUUCGACCUCAUCAAGGUGGACAGCAAGGUUGGCGGCGCCCUGGAAGACACACUCCUCGUAAAGGGCGUUAUUGUGGACAAGGACUUCUCCCACCCCCAAAUGCCGUCCGAAGUACGGGACGCAAAGUUGGCCAUCCUCACAUGCGCGUUCGAACCGCCGAAGCCGAAGACGAAGCACAAGCUGGAUAUCACCACCGUGGAAGAAUUCAAGCGGUUACAGAAGUACGAGAGCAACAAAUUCACCGAGAUGAUCCAACAGAUCAAGGGCACAGGCGCGAACGUCGUGAUAUGUCAGUGGGGCUUUGACGACGAGGCAAACCAUCUUCUCCUGACCAACAAACUCCCCGCUGUGCGGUGGGUUGGCGGGCCUGAAAUCGAACUCAUUGCUAUCGCGACGAACGGCAGGAUAGUACCGAGAUUCGAGGACCUGAGUCCGGAGAAGCUGGGUAGAGCAGGUGUGGUUCGGGAGAUGAGCUUCGGCACGACAAGAGAUAAGAUGCUGGUCAUCGAGGAGUGCGCGAACACGCGGGCUGUCACGGUCUUCGUGCGAGGGAGCAACAAGAUGAUCAUCGACGAGGCAAAGCGCUCACUGCAUGACGCGCUCUGUGUCGUGCGGAACUUGGUCAAGGACAACCGCAUCGUGUACGGCGGCGGUGCAGCAGAAAUUGCAUGCUCAUUAGCUGUCGAGGAUGCUGCGGUCAAGAGCCCCGGUCUAGAGCAGUACGCCAUGCGCGCAUUCGCCGACGCUCUCGACUCAGUCCCCAUGGCGCUCGCCGAGAACUCUGGCCUCAGCCCUAUUGAGACCCUCGCAGCCAUCAAGUCGAGACAGGUCAAGGAGAAAAACUCACGUCUAGGUGUUGAUUGCAUGCAGACCGGUAGCAACGACAUGAGGGAACAUUUCGUAAUCGACCCGCUCAUCUCGAAACGGCAGCAACUUCUGCUCGCGACGCAGCUAUGCCGGAUGGUUCUGAAGGUGAAUAACGUGAUCAUCGCCGGAAGCGACGACAAUGAGUUCUGA